AUGGGUGCAGCGUCCGAGCUGGGGGCGGCCGCGGGGAGCUCGCUGCUUCUGGCCACCGCACUGCUGGCUGGGGGCUGCGCGCUGGGCCUGUGGCUGGGCCGCGGACGCGGGGCGGCGGACCGCUGGGCGCUCGCCUGGCUCUGCUACGAUGCCCUGGUGCACUUCGUGCUGGAAGGUGCUUUUGUCUACCUAGCUCUUGUAGGAAAUGUUGCCGACUCAGAGGGUGUGCUUGCUUCAUUGUGGAAAGAAUAUGGCAAAGCAGAUGCCAGAUGGCUUUAUUUUGACCCAAACAUUGUGGCUGUGGAACUUAUAACUGUAUUUCUGGAUGGAUCUCUGGCAUUGCUCCUCAUUUAUGCAAUAGUAAAAGAGAAGUAUUAUCGACACUUCCUACAGGUCACCUUGUGCGUGUGUGAACUGUAUGGCGGGUGGAUGACCUUCUCCCCGGACUGGCUCGUGGGAAGCCCCAACCUCAACACCAAAAACUGGCUCUACUUUUGGGUAUAUCUGGUGUUUUUUAAUGGUGUGUGGGUCCUGGUGCCAACACUGUUACUGUGUCAGUCAUGGACAGGACUCAAGAAAGUAUAUCACAAGGAUUUUCAUUCAGGGAAGAAGUUUCGGUGA